CUGAAAAAUAUAGUAAUCAACAAAUAAAAGUCCAAAAUAUUUAGUGGCAAAUGACAUUUAUGUGGUAACCAAUAUUUUCUUAAUUAAAAGAAAAAAAACUCAACUGACUCAAUUUCCAUAUUUACCCUCAUCUUUCUCAACGAUUUAUAGUUUUACCUUUCUUCCUCUUUUCAAAAUUCAACUUCUCUUGGUACGACCUCAAAUCGGGAAGCAGAUUUAAAUCCCACAUCAAUGGCGGACUCAGAGCCAAUACGAGAAGGAGAAGUAGAAGACGAAACCCAAACAAUCUCUACACUCCAUCACCAAAUGAUUCCUUCCGAGUUGACUCACGACGAGUUCACUGAGCUAUCCGACUCAAUCGCCGAGUUCCACACCUACCAACUCGGUCCGGGACGAUGCUCUUCACUCCUCUCUCAACGCGUCAAAUCUCCGCCGGAAACCGUCUGGUCCGUCGUGAGACGCUUCGAUCGGCCUCAGAUUUACAAACACUUCAUCAAAAGCUGCUCCGUCGAGGAAGGAUUCGAGAUGCGUGUGGGCUGCACGCGCGACGUGACGGUGAUCAGUGGACUUCCGGCGAACACGUCGAGGGAGAGACUCGAUCUCCUCGACGACGAUCGGAGAGUGACUGGGUUUAGCAUCACCGGAGGCGAACACAGGCUGAGGAAUUACAAAUCGGUGACGACGGUUCAUAGAUUCGAGAGAGAUGGACGGAUCUGGACCAUUGUUCUUGAAUCGUACGUCGUUGAUGUGCCGGAAGGAAACACGGAGGAGGAUACGCGUUUGUUCGCCGAUACUGUGAUUAAACUGAAUCUGCAGAAACUCGCGUCGAUCACUGAAGCUAUGAAUCGUGAUUCCGGCGACGGUGGAAACUCUCUCAGGUGAAGUGAAAAAAAAAAUGAACACGACAAACAAAACACAAAUUGGGGAAUUUUUCUUCUUCUUCUUCUUUUUAAUUUUUCAUUUUUUUUUCCUUUGUAAAACAAUUUAUUUUCUUUCCUGAAUUGUAAUAUUUGCUCGUUUAAUGGUGGUUAUAUUCCGUUUUUUACCUCAUCGUUUUUGUCGAGUCUCCUGGA